CCGGGAGUGAGCGAGAGAGAUCGAGGGGUCGGGAGACCAAGGAGCAGCAGCAGCAGCAAUAGCAGCAGCAGCCGAAGGGGACGCCGGGCGGCAGCAGCAGCAGCAGCAGCUCUCGAGGCGGGGAUCGUCGCGAAGCUGCGCCGCGAUGUCUUCUCCGUCGAAGGCGAAGGAGGUGUUCUCGUCCGACGAGGAGGGCCCCGCCGCCGGGCCCGAGGAGCGGCGCCCCGUCAAGGUGUCCAGCUUGCCUUUCAGCGUUGAGGCGCUCAUGUCCGACAAGAAGCCUCCUCGCGAGACGGGCGGCGGCGGAGGAGGCGGCGGCCUCGACGGGGCGGGCUUGGGCACUUCCAGGAACCUGCUCUUGCCGGGUCACGGCGCCAGGGAAGCGGCCAGCCCCGGGGGGCUUACAAAAACCUUCGAGACGUCGUCGGUUAAAUCCGAGAACUCCGAGGACGGCUCGCCGUGGAUCCCGGAGGCCGGCAGAUACUCCCCUCCCCCAAGACACCUGAGUCCCACAGCCUGUACGCUGAGGAAGCACAAGACCAACCGGAAGCCCCGGACACCUUUCACCACCUCCCAACUGUUGGCUUUGGAGCGCAAAUUCCGCCAGAAGCAAUAUCUCUCCAUUGCCGAAAGGGCUGAAUUUUCAAGCUCGCUGAACCUCACAGAGACCCAGGUCAAAAUCUGGUUCCAAAACCGGAGGGCCAAGGCAAAGAGACUGCAGGAAGCAGAGCUGGAGAAGUUGAAAAUGGCGGCCAAGCCCAUGUUGCCAUCUGGCUUUAGCCUUCCUUUCCCCAUCAACUCCCCUAUCCAGGCGGCCUCACUCUAUGGAGCAUCUUAUCCCUUUCACAGACCUGUGCUUCCCAUCCCACCUGUAGGACUCUAUGCUACUCCCGUCGGAUAUAGCAUGUACCAUUUAUCAUAAGAAGAUCAGAAAGCAAAGCAGCGGCGUAAUCAGAGACUUUCUGGUGGAUCUUGCCCAGUUCAAGAGUGCAGUACAAAAGCCAAUUACUGGUCAUUUUUCUGCAUGUUUGUAUGUGCCUUAUCAAGUUUAUAGGAGUUUGAAACAAAAAGCAGAGCCUGUAUUCUGCAGGCUGGGGAACCAGCCGGGUGUGAUCUCAACACUCAGAAUCUGAUCCUGAAAGAGAGGGGUUGGUUUGGUGUUUUUUUUAACAUACAUGCUUAAAGUAAUAUAGUUUGUUUAUAUACUGCACAUGGGGGUGGGGCGGGAAAGGAAUCAAGACUUAAGUCAUGCAUUUUCGCAGCAUUUAUGUUUCCCCGCAAUGUUUGCAGUGGGGUGUCAAACCACGUUUUGUUUUUCAAAGUAGGAGCAGUUCAUUCUUUAAGGCGAGAAAGCUGCAGCUUGAUCCUAUGCAUGUUUACUCAGAAGUAAGUCCCACUCUGUUCAGCGGCGCUUACUCGGCGUUUAAAUGUGGCUGUAGGUACGUUCCCAUGUGUUGUUUGACUUGGUGGGGGAAAUUUAGAUAUAUACGUGGAUUUUAUUUCUAAGACCAACUUUGGAAAUAAAAGCAGACUUUCAAGUA